AUGGAUGUUUCCGAGCAGGAUGAUGGUCUCUUCAAGACGCUGUUCCAGGAGUCGUUUCAAGGUAAUUAUCAUAAAGUGAAAUAAAUUGAAUAAUCUUAUGUGGUUCUUUCCUGUUUUGCCGUCCUCGUACAACAAUGUACUUUGAUGUUGUUUGUAAAACGUUUAUCUUCUGGAAGCUCGUUUGGAAGUCAAAGUCAAAGUAAGUAUAUAAAGCUUGCGUACGUUAACGAAUGAGAUCAGUGAAUAUUGCAUGAAUUAGAUUCCUUCAGGUACCUUCAUUAUGUAUGUGAACUAGUUCUUUCGUAUAAAGCCAAAUAAAGGCAUGAUACCUUUACUCUUCAUACAAUAAUAGAAUUUCUGCUUUGGAUUCUUAACUGAUAUGGCAAGUAACGUAUACUUUGUGUGCGAUUUCUGGAUUUAUUAUAUCAUUGUUAUCCAAAAAAGAAGUUCUAUUGUAUAAAAAAGUAAAAAUAUUAUGUGUUUCAAACAUUCAGAGAACUUGGCCAAAAUUCCUCUGUUGCUGCAUGUGAAGUUUUCAACCAGAAAAAGUUUAUCAAUAUUGCAAACAGUUAUCAAUACUACAAGUAUUCAGUGUUCAUCUUCUCUGCUUUUUACUUUAUUAUUUCAGAUGCAUGGAAGGAUAAUCCAGAUUUCACUUUGUAUCUAGCAGAACUCAGUGCUUCCAGUGUGGAAAAAUUAAGUAAGAUCUAAAAAAACAGGUUUUUUUGCCAAUUUUUAUGCCCAUUAUUAUCCAUCUUCUUUAAGGGAUUUUUAUUGAAUACCAUUCCUUUCCAUUCACUUAUCUGAUUGAUUCACCUACCCAGAUCUGGAGAUGAGAUUGUUAGAGGCAGACAAAUGUGUGAAGCUUUUUUUACAAUUAAUUCUGUUGGAGAUCUUUUUUACAGCUCUUAGUGAUAAUUGGGGUAGGGAAAAUAGCAGGAAAGAGGAAAGGAAAAUUAUUGCAAAUCCAUAAAAACAACAUAAUAGGAAUGAGGCAAAGAGAGAGAUUUUUGGAAGAAACAUUUUGAUUUAAUUGUGGUUUUGAAAUGAUUUGAUUUGUUACUCCUGUCUUUCCUGAUCUUAUAUCCAUGUUAGUUUUAAACAGAUAUGUACAAGAAAUAAUUUGCAUCUUAAUAUUGUCACAAAAAACAGACAUGCACUGUGUAGUGACCUGCUUAUAACUAAUAUGCAUGUGAAAUUACUGUAUUCUUAUAAGGGAGGAAAAGUGUUUAAUUUUAAGUUUCUUGAAUUAUUUUACAAUAGGCCGGGAACCUGAAAGACUUGCUGAAGAAAAGGCCCAGAUCUUAGAGCAAACUGAGCACUUGGCCUUUAAUAACUACAAGACAUUCAUCAAAACUGCAGAAUGCUCCAAAGAAAUUUUUAAUGAUGUAAGUCAACUGAACUAAUAGUGUUAGGGGAGAAGAGUUGUGCAUGAUAUGUACAUGUACUAAGUACUUAAAAGAUAUCUAUAGUUAUUUCUAUGAAGUGAGUCCCAGUAGUAAGAAAGCAUGAUUUUCAAGUUACAAGGGGUUCACAUUUUUGAGGUUAAAAUAAAUGGGAUGCAGCAAGAAAAUGUCAGGGAAAUCAAUUUGAGGUUUUAAAGUACUUAUUUCAAGGUUCAAGUUACUAGGGGACAAAGUCAUUCCACAAAAAUUUUUAUAGACAUAAGCAUCAUGUGCAUUCCUCUGUGUAUGCUUGAUUAAGAUGUACCAAAAAGUUCUAAAUACUCCCAAGACUUCUAGGAAUUGUACAGUGUAAUUAUCCAAGCUUAAAUUGCACAUUCUCUUGAAGAUUUUGAACAAUCCUAUUUGCUUAAAGGUGUACACCUUUAAAUUCACAAAUCAGAAAAUUUUGAUCCUCUUUGGGUUAGAGGUCCCCAUUAUAGUACAGUAAAGACAAUUGGGUUGAUUUUUAUACAUGUAAUAAGUAAAAUGGUAGUAUUGGAAAAGUCUUAUUUGAUGGAAACUUUAUUGCAGUUUGUGUCAGUGGAGGAGCAUGUUGAGUCACUUCUGGACAAGUUACCAACAUUUUCUGAAACAUGUAGCAAUUUCAUGAAGGUGGCACAAGAAAUUAACACAAGGUGAAUGAGUGCUGGUAUAAAUUAUUCUCUGCUGUUCAGCAUUCAGAUUAUAACUAACACUAGUUUUUAUUUUUCACUUGUAGUCGUCACUUAAAUUCCCUGACAUUAGCACGGCAUACACAGCUGCUAGAGAUUUUGGAAAUCUCACAGGUAAGUUUGGUGAUUUCCUGGACUUAGCUGCAGUUUUCUGACAUACACAAGCAUAUUCAACCAUUUUGGGUGAUGAGUGGCGGGGGGGACUUUAAAGUUUAAAGUUGACAUGUAAGACCAAAGAACUUUAGAUCUAAGACAAUCUAGGACCUUAACAGUACCUGAUGAUUUUUCCAGCACCGGAGUUAGCUGAAUCAGUUAUAUAAUGAUGAUAUUUAAACAGGAAGCUCUCUCACCCGUAGGUGAUCUACAGAGAGGUCCUAAUCCAAAAUAACAUUAAAUUGUUAAAAGUAAAUAAAAAUUGCUGAUAUUAAAAAAGUAUAAAGAUAAGCUAUAGAUUAAAAGAUUUUAAAAAAUUAUUCCUAAACUGACAUAUUGUGCCAGAGUUCUUCAAGUCACUCUCCACGGCAUUCCAGUCUUUAAAGGCAUGAUAACAGGUUCUUUGUUUACCCCAGUUCUGUUUAACUGAUGGAAGUUUAAGAUGAUCUUUGCAACAAGUGUUGUAUCUAUGUACAUUGCUGUUUCUAGAUAAUUCCAAUUUGUGAGAUGUAAUUCCAUUCACUCAUUUAUAAAUAUACAAGCAGCGAUGGAAGUGCCUGCGUUGUUUUAAAUUUAACCAGCUGAGCUGAUUGAGAGCAUCGGUUGUAGAAGAGUACAAUGGUUUAUCUAGAACAAGUUUUGCUGCCUUAUUUUGCAACACCUGCAGAUUGUUCAUUAAGACAGUGUUAUCCUUAUCACCCCAUACCAUAUCAGCAUAAUCAAGGAUGGGAAGGACAAGGCUUUUGUAAUAAAGAAGGCAUGCAUUAUAUGGCAAUAAAUGCUUGAUUAUACACAAAAGACCUAAUCUCUGGUUCACUUUAGAUUUCACAUGUUCCACAUGUUCAGUCCACGUAAAGUUGGAGGAUAAUACAACCCCUAAAUACUUAAAGCUUCUAACACUAUCGAGUUGAUUACCAAGAACAAAAACUGAGAGACUGUUUAACUUGCAAAGCUUGGAAUCACUACCAAUAAGCAUAGCUUUGGUCUUAUCAACAUUAAGAGUAAGUUUGUUAUCAUUUAACCAGCUAGCAAUAGCAUGCAAGUUGGCAUUUAGGGCACACUCCAGACCAGCUGGGUUUGAGUCAUAGCAAUAAAGCACUGCAUCAUCAGCAUAUAGGGCUACCUCUGAAUGCUUGAUGACAUUGGGCAAAUCAUUUAUAUAAAUAAGAAAUAACAAAGGGCCCAAUAUGCUGCCCUGAGGUACGCCAUGCAUAACAGGUAACAAAUCAGACAAUUCCAGACUGCAAGAUGUACAUUGCAUUCUUUCAUUAAGAUAUGACUCAAACCAUUUAGCCAUGUCAGAAGUCACUCCAAAAGAUGGCAACUUUGUGUAGUCGACCAUAUCAAAGGCCUUAGAUAGGUCCAAGAAUACGGCUCCACACAGUUUUACCCCUUUCCAUAUUAAAUAAAAUUUCAUUGGCAAAACUAGAAGCAGCGUUAACUGUUGAAUAUUUAGGCCGAAAUCCGAAUUGCUUUUCAUUGAGUAGGUUAUGUUGGUUAAGGUAUUGAUAAAAUUGAUAAUGCAUAGCCCUCUCUAGGAUUUUACUAAGAGUUGGUAAAAUAGAAAUAGGGUGAUAUUCAGACGGGCUAGUAUGGUUCCCGGCUUUGAAAAGUGCUGUGACUUUAGCACAUUUCCAGAUGUUAGGAAACUCGUUGGUUGCAAUUGACAGAUUUAACAAUUUUGUAAUUGAUGGAGUUAUAGUUCGAGAAGCACAUUUCAGUAAACGGGCACUGAUUCUGUCUAACCCGAUGGCCUUAUUUUGCUUAAGGGCACAAAUCUGUUGUAAAACAAAGGAAUGGCUUAUGGUUCUUAACUCAAAAGAAACCGUCACUGGUUCAGAAACAUUGAGUUUCGCAGGAUUUACAUAAUUAAGAGAUUGAGAGAAUUUUUCUGCCAGCAAUCUUCCAACAGAAGCAAAGUAAUCAUUCAGGGCUGUAGCAGUGGAUUUGGGGUUGUUAUAUUGUACUCCACUUGCAAUUAUAUACUGCGGGAUGGAUGAGCUAAGGUUGCGUGAGGAAGCUUCAUUCACUGCUUUCCAAACCAUGCUGGAAUCGCCUUUACUUUCUUCAAUUAGGUUGCAAUAGUAAUUUGACUUCGAGGGCUUAAUUUUGUGAUUCACAAAAUUUUGCAGCUUUCUAUACAUUCCAUUUCCAUUUUUCAUAGUCUACAGAUACAUGUACCUUAAUAUUUUGUUUAACGAAAUUUCGUAUCGCAACACUUAAGGUUACAAUUCCUUUGUGCAAUUGCAAGUGUGUGAUUUUACAGGGUUCUUUGUCUGAGACAACUGGGAGAAGAAAGGGGAAUGAGUACCUGUGCCCUUGCCAACACUUGACUUGAACUAACAAUAAACAUUGGUCAUUCAGUGUUGGUCUGUUGUUUAAUCUGUUUUCCUGCAACAAACCCAUGAAUAUUUCAUUGUUAUGUUCACAGUUGAUGGAUUCAUGUGUACGAAAUGGUUACUAUGAAGAAGCUUUGGAACUUUCAUCCUAUGUGCAGAGACUAGAAAAGAAACUUUCUAAUAUUCCCAUUAUCCAAAACAUUGUUGAUGUUGUACAGUCAUCAACUCAACUGAUGCUUUCUCAGCUGUUACAGCAGCUACGCUCAGCCAUCCAGCUUCCUGCUUGCCUGCGUGUGAUUGGAUACCUCAGGCGUCUUGAUUUGUUUUCAGAAUCUGAACUAAGGAUCAAGGUUUGUGAGGAGACUGAAAUUACUGGUCAUGUUUCAUAAUUUAUAUGAAUCAGAUAAUUGCAUUUUUUUUUUAUUCUUGAAAUUGUCAUGAAUAUCAUCCUCAAGGAUACAACAAGUCUUUUUCUGAGUAAGUGGGUCUAUUUUUCCCUUACUGUAUGUAUGUUAAUAUCUUUAUACCAUGAUAUUGACCUUUGUUGUACAGUACAUGUUUGGGAUGUCUCAUUCUGUUUGGUGUAGGAUAAAGAACAUAGUGAGAGUUGUGAUGUGCUCUUGUCUUCUGAAGUUUGAUUUAAAGGAGAAUUUCCUCUUUGCAGUUCCUUCAAGCCCGUGAUACAUGGCUUCAAAGUGUUCUUGCAUCAAUUUCUUCAGAUGAUCCUUAUUAUCACAUCACAAAGACAAUUGAAACCAGUCGUGUACAUUUAUUUGACAUUGUCACACAAUAUCGAGCUAUAUUCUCGGAUGAUGACCCAAUAUUAUCCAUGGAAAAUGAAGACAGUCCAAUUUAUGGUAAUUUGUUCCAUUGCUGGAUUGUGCAGAAGGUAGGAUUGAACAAUUGAAUAACAGAAAUAGCUCUUUUUCCUCUAUUGUAUCAACAAAUGUGUCUAAUAGUAAAAAGACUGUAUAACCUCUAACAGUGUGGUUUAUGCACUUCCUAUUUGUUUUUAAGGAAUGGAAUGAAAUUCCUGUAGGAGCCAGAAACAAUGAAACUGUUCACAGUUUUAAAAAUGCAAUCUCACAACUGCUAGUGUAAUUUGAGAGACUGCAGUUUUUAGCUCUUUUAUUAAGUUUAGUGCAAUUUAAGAGACUCUGCAGUUUUUAGCUCCAUUAUUAUUAUUAUUAGUUUUUAGAUUUAAGUUUUUAGUUGUUAAAGACAGUACUUGCCUGAAAACCACCUUUGGGUGAGGCAACAUUCAGUAUAAAGGCUGUGAUUAGUGUGCUAUUGGAGACAGAAAAAUAUGUCAAACAUUUUCGAAAGUGAGAGAAAAAUGCCAAAUAAAUAGACAAAUUUUUCUGCGUUAUGGCCUAAAACAUUUCUUGUAUGUUUAAGUCUUUGAGCCUCAUUUUGCAUAUUUCUCUUUGUUUUUUAGUCAUCAGGAUUGUGAUAUGAAUCAAAUAAAAAUAAAAAACUAGGAACUUGCACUAUUUUUAACUGGACUAAAGCAGUACACCUGCAUGCCAGCAUUCAUUCUAUUGUCAUAUUAUCCUUACUCCCCAGAAGAAAGUCACUUAAUUAAAAAGUUUUUCUGAAAUGAAUAUAUGAUGCAGCUCCUUCCAUCAUUUGUCUAAGAGAUAGUCAACUUUUUAAAGAGGUAUGUCUGACAAGAUAACAUUUUAUAUUUUUUCUAAGGUGCAGCAGUUCUUGAACACUUUAGAGAAUGACUUGGAGCAAGGGGUUGGAAACCGUCUUGACUCACUGCUUGGUCAGUGUAUGUACUUUGGUUUGUCAUUCAGCCGAGUGGGAGCAGACUUUAGAGGUCUUCUUCCUCCUCUCUUUCAUGCUGCAGCCCUGAAGUCAUUCAACACAGAAGUACAUAAUGCCACUGACAGGUAUUUAAAGUGCCCUUGAGAUGAAAAAAGUGUCCUCCUUCUUACUCCAUGUCAAUUGAUGUGUUUUGUUGAAAUAUGCCUGUUAAGUGGAAGGUAAUCUGAAAGUGGCAGACAGGUAAAGGAGAGAUAGUCGUUGUGGAAAUCAGCCAUUUUAAAUUGAAUUUCACUUAUUUUGUAAGUGCAUUAUUGCUUGGAUUAAAAUCAAAGCCAAACAAUUUUUUAUCACAUGAGUACUUUCAAUGUCAUUUCUGUCUCAUGUUUCACAAUACUUACACAAAAUUGACCAGUCUGAUCACAUGAAAGGAUAAAUAGUUCCCAUCUAAGUUGGCCCAAUUGACUCAUAUGAAUUUAUUAAGAAUCGUUGUUUUUCUAAUAAUACAACUGAUUAAUUUUGUUUAAGUGACCCCAGUAAUUAAAAAGAUAUUGUACGUCAUGUAUGGUGGAAUUUCACCAUAGUGACAGUGGAAUUUCAAACUCUGCAUUGGAAUGAGUGCAACUGGGCUACAACAUGGGGAAUGGAACAUUGCACGUAUGCCAAAAUUAUUAAUAAAACUUGAUCUGUUUGUACAUCAAAUGAUCUACUCACAGCCAGUUUGUUUAUUUUUCCUUUAGUUUUCAUAAAGCCAUGAAAUCAUUCUCACCACAGCCAGUACCUUCUACAGUCACAUCCACAAUAAUUUCUACAAUGGCAACCAAGGUACUUGAACUUAUAGUAGUUUCCUGUUCUCUGUUACUUUUGUGAUACAUCUAUUCAUUAGAAUAAUUAAACAUCAUAUCUAUUGAUCACUUUCACUGUAAAGCUUGCUCUGAUUACAAGAGUUCAAGUUGUUACUUUGUGCACAUUACUUACAGUACAUACUCAAAGUGUAAUAGGUACAUCUGUGUAUGUACAUUGAGUCUCAUUCAGGAAUUCUUUGUUCAAAAAUGGUGUACCCCAGUAGCUUUUGUGCUGUAGAUCUUUUAUAGUACAAUUUCUUUAAAUAUGAGUGAAAGGUUUUUUGUCCUUGUGCAAUUAUGUCAACCAAACAAACUUGAACCUUAAACUAUGUUAAUUUAGUACUCAUUUUGGUGACAAUUUUCCAAUGAAGAUUUCUUACCAAAUUUUCAAUGGUUCUCUGAAAACAAAUCAUCAUCUGUUGCACAGGUAGAGAUGAACUUUCCUGUUGAUUAAAGUUGCUGUGUUUUCAAAGUUGAUUUUGCCAAAUUCAUGUCACCUUUACGUGAGACACUUUCAUUAACUUUUUAAUUUGAUGAACAUGUGAAGUUUCCAGACGAGUAUGAAUUUAUUUGAUGUCUUUGUUGUCUUGACAGCCUGAUGAGCUCAAUCCUCCCAUUGAAUUGUUACAGCAUCCUCCAUUGGCAGCAUUCAUUAACAGUAUUCUCUCUGCUUUCAACAAUCUGAGGCAUUGUGCGCCAAUAUCCCUCGCAUCGCCUGUUACUGAUAGUGUAUGCAGUGCAUUGAAAACAGUCAUACAAUCUACAUGUGCAUUCCACAGGUAAGGAAACAGGUUUAUAUCGUUAGAGUAGUUAUGAAAGUUUUUAUGUUGUCGUUUUUUGGAGGUAUAAUUCGUUAUGGUAUUUGUACUGAUUUACAAAAGGUCGAGGUUCCUGUCAUUUUCGUCGUAUGGAAAAUUUUGGUUUUGGAAACAGAAAGAAAUAGCACAAAAACUUAUCAGUAGAUAUAAAUUGUGAACAAAAUGUGUCCUAGUGCCACCAAGAUUCCAGUUACUCUUGGUGGGUUUUGAACUUUUACUGAAUCAAGUAUCAAUGAAAAAUUCGAGUUAAAGCUUCAUAUCGACUAAUUAUUUUGUGUUCUUUCGAUCCAAUGUUUCUUAUCGUUUUCAGGACUGAAGAAACAGCUCUUAAUGAGACAGAAAGAGCCUCAUUUGCCAAUUUUUGUCAAGUGUUGGGAAAACAAGUGAUGCCUUACAUGAAGGAAUGUUUAGAGGCAUUUUUUCCGAGUUCAGUCUUGACUAAUCUGUGUGGGGGUAGUUUCCUUGAUGUGCGGCUUGAUGUCGACGCCUUAUUGGUUCUUCUGGAACCCGUCAUGCCACAGGACUCCACACAGGAAGAAGACAAGCCUCCUCACCGAAAAAAUGAGGCUAAAAACAGCGAAUAUGAUCGAAGAAAGGAUCAAGAAAACUCGGAGUCAAAUGAAAGCAGCCUUUCAAAGGUGGAACCAAACAAAGAUGUUAAUGAGAAACUCCCGGAUAGUGUACAGCGAACACAAGAUUUGACCCAAGUUGAAGCCGUAUCGAGAUAAAUAAUUGUAAUAACAUUGAUGAUAACAAUGAUAACAAUAUUAAAGUAGCCAUCGAUGUAGAUUGGAGUGGAGUGCAGCAAGUGAUGAUCCGAGCGUUGUUAAUGCAGUUUCUUGUGAAGCCGAGGAAAAGACUCUUGAAGAAAUGACAUUUGAACUCAAAUGUCAACACAAAUCGUUAUUACUAAUAACACAGGGAAGGAAAUUUAUUUAUUGAAAAAAUUUUCAGGGUUGAAAGGGGUUUUUUUUUGUUUUUGCUUAUUUCGUUUUAUAAAAGUCAUUCUCAAACUGACUUUGGGGUCGAAUAACCUAUGCUCAGAAAGGAUUUUAGCUCUGCGGACAAGCAAUCACUGUGGAACUGGCUUGAGGUUCGUCUGUUUUAUCCCUGGUAUUUCCUUCUAGGAUGAUUAUUUUUCUAGAAUUUAUGUUUUCUCUUUGGUCUUUCCUCUUUGGUCUAUCGUCCUGUCUCGGGGCAUAGACAACCCUCCUUGACGGACACCCUAAAGUGUGCCCUGUGAUCAGAGCCCGUCGUUCUGACUUUCUUUUCCAAAACGCUAACGUUAAAAGGGGAGUCUCUGAAAGAGACAACUAUCAAUCAAGGUUUAAAAACGAUGGAAGUAAUCGUAAUCAAAAGCACAGGGUGUUACGAUCUGGUGAAAUUAAAGUGACCGAAAUCGAUGUUGCUUGUGACUUGAGGGCCGAAAACGCUGUAUUGUGAUUGGUUGGUUCUUCUCCUUUUGAUUGCAAUCCCGUGUUGUUUUCCC